UCUCCGGUGUUCGUUCUUUUCUUUUCUUCCUCAAAUAACUUUCUUGUGAACUCCCCCUUCCCGGAGUCUUUAUCUUCUUCCGCAAUUGAGGUAAGUUCUGCAUUCUGGUUUGUUUAUUUGAGGUUCCUCCAAACCUCAAGCUUGCUGGCCAUCUGACGUGUGGGGGGACUCCUUUACCCGAACCUUUGCCAGAAGCUGUUAUAUGUCCUGGUGACCAACAAACAAAGCUAUCUUCUCCCGUCGUUGCGACCUUUGCCGGCCUUGCGCGCUGUCGUCUAUUGUUCUCUUCGAUCUCACGACCCUUGACCACUGUGUGCAGCCCAAGUUCCAAUUGGGAUUGUGAUAUCACCAUGCUGCUUCCGCGGCUCUCGUCUCUCCUCUGCCUUGCUGGCCUCGCUUCGGUCCCACUGGCCAAUGCCUACGACGGCGACGAUGUGAAGAGCAUCCCGCUUCGGACCCAUAGUCUCGCACCGCCAUACUUGGACUCCGACUUCCAAAGCCGCUGGUUCGAUUUUGGUGGUGAUACGAUAAUCCGGGCGGACCAAUACAUCCGUCUUACCUCCGAUCGACCUUCACAGCAGGGCUGGAUCUUCUCUCGGGUGCCCUUGACCGCGACGAACUGGGAGAUCGAGGUCGAGUUCAAGAUCCACGGCGCCGGCAACCUGCACGGCGAUGGGUUCGCCAUGUGGCUCACCAAGCAGCGCGCGACGCAGGGCCCCGUCUUCGGCUCGACGGACAACUUCGAGGGGCUGGGCAUCUUCUUCGACACCUACAAGAACAACCGCCCCGGGACCACGUUCCCCUACGUCAUGGCCAUGAUGGGCGAUGGCCAGACCUCGUACGACCAGGCCCAUGAUGGCCGCGCCAAUGAGUUGGCUGGAUGUUCUGCUCGCGGUCUCCGUGGCGCCUCCAUCCCCACCAAGGCCCGCCUGACCUACUUCCAGGAUAAGACCUUGACGCUGGAGCUGCAGUACAAGAAGGAGGACACCUGGAUCCAGUGCUUCGAGCUGAACGCCGAGGACAAGAACAUCGCCAUCCCCUCCGUCGCCUACCUGGGCUUCUCCGCCGAGACGGGCGAGCUCAGCGACAACUUCGACAUCGUCUCCGUCAAGUCCCAGAACCUGUACAGUGUCGGCGGCGGCAGCCCCGGCGGCAAGAGCGGGCCCUCACGCGCCCGCGGGCAGGAUUCGGCUCGGGUCAAGCGCCGCCAGAAGAAGGGCAGCUGGGGCUGGUUCUUGUUCAAGGUGGUGCUGUUCCUGGCCGCCGUCGUGGGUGCGUACGUGGGUUGGACUGCGUAUCGGUCCAAGCAGCGCUACUCGAGAUUCUGAAGCGGGAGUGGGUAGGUAAAGAGAUGAGAAAGUUUUAGUUUCUUGUGAAUGCGUAUAUGAAUCGACUGAGCAGGUGAAGAUGUCUUAGCCUUGACUUACGGUGUUUGGGUGAUCAUUGUAUUGUAUCGGUCA